UCUCAUAGAUAUGUUUUUAAAUGUCAUUAUGUUAGGUUGACGUUAUCAAAAAAAUGGAACAAUUUAAGCUGCUAGUUCAAGAACAACUAACUACUGGUAGUUUAGAUAAUUCUUCUAUUAUAGAAUGGAUUUGUGGGAAAGGAAAGAUUUUGGACCUUGUAGAAUGUUUGGCUUCAGCUCUUACCGAUACCAGUUUAGAAGUCAGAACUAAAGGGACUACCUUACUUUCUAAUAUAAUGCACAAAUAUCCUGCAAAUAAGAUGAACAGUAUUGAGGUUGAGCAUUUUGUUUUGUUUUAUUGUAAUCGUCUACAUGACCAUCAUUCUGUUCAGCCAAUAGUUAUCUAUGGUCUCCUUGGGUUGAUUUCAUUUCAAGUUGUUGCUGAUUCUAUGGUCAUAAAGUUGUUAAAAUCAUUAUUUGCUGAGGUUCAUGUUCAAUCUCUGGUUCAGUCAGAUCGAAAAAAUGUUUAUAAUAUUUUUUCAAAUCUGUUGACUACUAAACUCAGUGUCCUCCAAUCGAUUUCUUCAGAGUUUUUGUUAGGAUUUAUUCAGGCAAUGGAUAGUGAGAGUGAUCCAAGAAACCUUUUAAUAUGUUUUGCUAAUUCAAAAAUCAUCAUAGAAAAUUUUGAUUUUCAUUUGUUUUGUGAAGAAUUUUUUGAUGUACUAUCUUGUUAUUUUCCAGUUGACUUCACACCACCAGACAACGAUAAUAUCUCAGUUAAAAAAGAUGACUUGGUUAUGGGAUUGCGAUCUUGCUUUGUGUCUACAAAAGAAUUCGCUCCGUAUGCUAUUCCACUUUUUGUGGAGAAGCUUUCUUCAAGUUUAUUAGAUGCUAAAAAGGAUGUACUAAUAACUUUUUCAGAAUGUUUAAAAUCAUAUGACUCUGUGUUUGUAGAACCGUUUUUGACUGAAUUAUGGUUAUGUAUUAGAAAAGAUUAUUUGUUAUCAGAUGAUAAAGACAUGUCACCUCUUUACUUAAAUUUUGUUCAUGAGUUUGUUUUGUGUCUUUCAAGAUCAGCAAGUUUUGAGUACUUGUUGCAGUUAGUUGAGCUGUUAAUAAAAGACUGUUUGCUAACUCUUAAAGAUCCAGAAUUAUCUAUUGCAGAUCAUUGUGGAAACUUGGUACUUUGUAUUUGUAACUCUUGCCCUGCAACUUACGAACAAAUGGUUAGCAGUUUGGUGCCAUCGUUAAAUGCAUGUUUUGAGAAAUAUACUUCCCCAAAACAAAGAUAUAACUUACUCAAUUUAAUUUUAAAAGUUUACAGUAUUGAAAUAGGAGAUAAAAAUGUACCAGCUUGUCUGGUUGAAUUUACCGAUUGGCUUGUACCCUUAUUGUACAAUUUAAUAGAGUCAGAACACAAAUCUCUUCCAAUAGUUAGUUUAAAAUGUCUUUCAAAAAUACUAUGUCACUUAAAUAAAUUUCAAGGCAUUGACUCCAGCAUGUUUUUCCUUCGCACUAUGAAAUUGCCAUUGUCAAAACUACUAGAUUCUGAAAUGUUUAUGUGUUACCAAUCUAUGAUCACCAUUCUAUCCAAUAAGUGUUCAGAACUUUUUGAUCCACUGUGUGUUGCAAAGCUAAAACAAAAUAUUUUUGUAAAUAAUAAUAUUUUGAUUAAAGAUCAAUGUAUAAGGUUGUUAAGUCAUUGUGCCUUAAAUCAAAACUAUAGAGAAUCAAUUGUUACAUUUAUGGUCAACAUAUUGCCUGAGUUUGUUAAUGAUGAAGCAAUCUUUGGUAUUAUUUUAGAUGUUGUAUGUAAUAUUUUAGAUAGUUAUUCAAAUGAAGUAAGUAAAACUGUUGUUUUAUUACCAUUAUUAGAAAUUUUUUUUGCAAAUAAAUGUUCAGACAUCCUUAUGAGUAAAAUGGUUCUUUGUUUGUCAAGUUGUUAUCUCAAAUUAAAUGCAAUUGAAGCUGGAGAACUUUUUAAUCUUUCCUGUAAUUUAUUAAUUAGCAAAAAAAAUAUUGAUUUGUUUCAUCUAUCUGUAAAUAAAUUAGAGAAACUUAAAGAAAUUGUUGUCCUUAACAGAGCUGUACAAAGUCAAGUUGCAUCAAUGUUAUUGAAGAAUGCAGACUGCAUACCAGCCCUCAUCAAUGAGUUUUGUUUGUUUAUUUCAAAUUUUGUUAAUGAUCAGUUUGCAUGUGAAUGUGCUGGAAUUGCAUUUGCUUCAAUUGUUAAUAAAGUUUCAGAACAAAAUAUCAUUGAAACCGUUAUUAACUAUAUCAAUAGCUGUAUGUCUGUCAAUCCGAAGGCUAGUGUUUUAAUUCUAUUGUGGCUUUGUAAAGCUGUGGUUUUAAACUGGAUGCAUCACACGUCUGUUUGCUUAAAUUUGCUUUUGAAGUUACUUCAAGGCAAAACGACAGCCUGCCUUAUUUCUGAAAAUUUUGAAAUAAUGUUUAAUGUUUAUCCCAAGGCUUUUGAUCAUAGAUCUCAUUCCAAUAUUAAAAUAUUGUAUAAACAGCAUUUUUCUCAAAUUAUCCUACCUUCUUUGAUUUCAUAUUAUAACAAUGGUGACGAUGAUUUAAAACCAUACUUGAUGACAGUGAUAUCUAUAACUUUACAAGUUUCUCCACGAAAAAUGUUUCAAAAAAACCUUGAGUCUUUAAUGCCUUUACUUCUCCAUUCUUUGACAAGUCUUUCUAAUAAUAACAUUGCGUCUACGCUUUCUAUUAUUGACAUUGUGCUGGAUCAUAACAAAAAUAUAGCGUCUGAUUAUGUUGCGUCGCUGACACCGCGUUUGAUCUCACUUUCCAGUCACAACUCUAUGGAAAUCCGUAUAUGUGCUAUAAAAUGUCUUGGAAAAAUAUCUAUGUAUCCUACUCAGCUAGUUUAUUCUAUGAAGGACGAAAUAAUAAAUGGAUUGAAACCUAGACGUGAUGACAAAAAAAGAUUAGUUAGAAAAGAAGUUGCACGUUGUAUAAAUUUUUGGCAUUUAUUGUCAAAUUAAUAUAAAUAUAUUUAUAUAUUUUUUAAA